AUGGUUGCCGUCCAGCAAAUGGAUGACCUGGAAAAGAAGAAUAUAGAUCCUGAGUCAGCUGGAAGGAGAGACUGGCGUCUGAUGCUGGAGGAUGAGUUUGUAGAGCUUUUAUACCCCGAAUUCUCACCAAACUCCUCCCUCUCGCCUUGGAUCUUCUUUCCCUACCUUGCUCGCCCAUCGUCAUCUCUCUUCCUCGCCGUCAUGCUUCUUCAGCCGAAUACAGAGGUGACUAAAUUUAGUGCAAGUGGUGUUGUUGAAGCUAAUACUUUGGAUAACAUUAAAAAUAGGUCAUAUAAAUACAUGAGUGAUUGUUUACCUAAUACUUACCCUGCAUGGAUCAACUGCAGUGUUUCUUAUUCGUAUGUUCUUAAUAUCGAGCGACCUUCUAAAAUGCUGAAUAUGAGCGAGAGUGAGAGGGCGACUGGUGAGCAACGUAGACAAGACCAAGUUCUGUUGGGUGUAACCGCUGCUGACAAACGUCCACCCACAAGUUACGGAGCACCAAAUGGAGGUUUCGGUAAUGGGUUUGGUGCCUCAAAUGGAGACCCAAGCAACGGUUACACAGCUCCAAGAAGCAAUGGCUUUGGGGUAUCUCCUAGUAAUGGAAAUGGGGCCCCUACAAGUAAUGGAUUUGGACUCUCAGGCAAUGGGUUUGCAGGUGCUGCAAGUAAUGGAUAUGGAGCUCCCCCAAGUAAUGGAUAUGGAGCUCCCCCAAGUAACAGGUAUGGUCCCCCAACAGGUUCUUAUGGACUAGAUCCGGAGCUGGUUGCUCUGCAGGAAAACAUCCCAGGAGGUGGUGUUCCCGGUGAAGACUACCCAGUCUUGUCUUCUCCACCAGACACUGGCUUCUCUUGUGAUGACCAGGCAGUGCCUGGUUAUUACGCUGACACUGAUCCUGAUGCCAGCUGCCAGGUGUUCCACAUUUGCCAGGAUCGUGCCCUCAGACGUCAGAAGGACUCAUUCCUGUGCCCCAACGGCACCAUCUUCAACCAGCAGUACCUGGUGUGUGACUGGUGGUUCAACGUAGACUGUUCUCAGGCUGAGAACUUCUACUCCGUCAACGAACAGAUUGGUGUCGUCCCCAGUGCUGGUUAUGGUUAUGGUCCCGUUGCUAAUGGUAUUGCCAAUGGUAAUGGUUAUGGAUUCGCUGGAAAUGGAAGGAAUGGGAAUGGAGCUGGUAAUGGUUCCAACGGUAAUGGCAGAAAUGGAAACAAUGGGUAUGGACCCAAUGGAAAUGGAAGGAAUGGGAAUGGUGCUGGUAAUGGUGGCAAUGGCAAUGGUGCCAAUAACGGGUAUAGUGCUCCAGUUGCUCCCUCAGAUUCUUAUGGAACUCCAUUUUAA